GUUCCCGUCUCUCUCUCCCUCCCAGCGCUCGGUUCAUUGACCUUCUGUCUGUUUUCUGACGAUCCUCUAAUGUGAAAGAGCUGGACGCCGAUAAACCGCAAUGUCUUGGGUCUUCUGGAACUUUCUCAGCUUGUUUCUCAUACAGUGUGUGAGCUCAGAAGUCUUCCUCCACGGUCGAGAUGCCAGUCAGGUCCUGAGCCGGUCCCGGCGCGCCAACACCAUGUUUGAGGAGUUAAAGAAGGGAAACAUGGAGCGCGAGUGUGUCGAGGAGCGCUGCAGUUACGAGGAGGCCAGAGAAAUCUUUGAGGAUGUUAAAAAGACGGAUGAGUUCUGGCACAAGUACGUCGAUGGAGACGCGUGUCUGUCCCACCCGUGCCUCAACGGCGGCGAGUGUAAAGACGCCAUCGGGCCCUACACGUGUUUCUGUCAGCAAGGCUUUAAGGGCUACCACUGUGAGAUCGUUAUUCCUGCGCUCUGCGAGUCCGACAACGGAGGCUGCGAUCAUUUCUGCAAGAUCGAGAUGAAUAACGUGGCCUGUUCGUGCGUUAAAGGCUACGAGCUGGACAGCAACGGGAAGUCGUGUCAGUCUCAAGAUCCUUUCAAAUGCGGGGUCGUCCAUCCUCAGAAGACCAGAAGCUUGUUAAACCCCACACACGUCAACCACACCGAGAACGAAGAGGAGAGCACUGCCGAGCCUGUCGUGGACGUCACGAGCGCUCCUGGAAACGACUCGGACAGUGUCCUGGAGCAGGAGCCGGUGAAUCCGGUGAAGGAGGACAUCAUUCUGGCCCAGUCCUCCAAUUCAGACUCCAGAAUCGUGGGCGGCACAGACUGUUUUCCUGGAGACUGUCCCUGGCAGGCUCUUCUCAUCAACGAAGACAACAUCGGCUUCUGCGGCGGCACCAUCCUAAACGAGUACUUCGUUCUGUCGGCCGCUCACUGCAUGAAUCAGUCUCUCUCCAUCCGCGUGGUCGUAGGCGAGUACAACACGCUGGUGACCGAGGGUCAGGAGGUCACACACGACGUGGACGAGAUUCUGGUCCACAAGAACUACAUGUCCGACACCUACCACAACGACAUCGCCCUCAUCAAGCUCAGCAAGCCCAUCAGAUUCAGCCGCUUCAUCAUCCCCGCCUGCCUCCCGGAGCAAAAGUUCGCCGAGAACGUUUUGAUGCGGCAGCCGGACGGUCUGGUCAGCGGCUUCGGCCGGCUCCGCGAGGGAGGCCUGCAGACCACCGUCCUGAAGAAGCUGGCCAUGCCGUACAUCGACCGCGGCAAGUGCAUCGAGUCCAGCAAGUUCAAGAUCUCCAGCCGCAUGUUCUGUGCCGGAUACCCCGGGGGGGACAGGGACGCGUGUCAGGGAGACAGCGGCGGGCCGCACGUGACCCGCUACAGAAACACGUGGUUCGUGACGGGCGUGGUCAGCUGGGGCGAGGGCUGCGCACGCAAGGGCAAGUACGGGGUCUACACGCAGGUCUCCAAAUACAUCUCCUGGAUCCACAACGCCAUGUCCAAAGUCAUGCCGCAGAUGGAGGAAUCUAUCAAACCCAAAGCCAAGCGGGAGCUGCUUCGGAAGACGCCCGUGCGCCGAGUCUGACGUCCCGAUGAAUAACUCCUCAAUGACAUUGUUGUGUUUUCUUUCGGAACCGUUACCACAAAACCAGUCACGAGGGGCCGCUUUUUAAAUUGAGGUUCAUGCAUCAAAUGAAAUGUGUCUCCAUUGAUGUCGGGUUUCUUGGGUACAUCAAGAAUAUAACUAUGUGAAAAUCAACAAUUCGUCAAAAGUACGAAUAUCUUCAUGGAACGCCAAUAUUCUAAUGAUUCUUGGCGUAAUAGAAAAAUAUAUCAUUUCGAGCACUAUGAUUAACAUUUUGUAUCUCUCGUCAUUUAACGUCACAUGAAUAAAAUACCAUUGUAUUGUGCAACUACGACAGAAAAUAUGUCACUAUUGUAAUAUUCGAAAUUACAUGCAUUUAAUAAAAACCUAAAACACA